AUGAUAAUUUAUCCAAUCCUACCCAAUUUCUUGAAAAAAACUUGGGAUCAUCCUGCUGGUCCUAAAACUGUAUUUUUUUGGGGACCAACAAUAAAAUGGGGUCUAGUGCUGGCUGGUUUGGCUGAUCUGAUGCGACCAGCAGAAAAACUUAGCUUUUUUCAGAAUGUCGCGCUUUUUUUUACGGGCGCCAUCUGGACACGUUACAGUUUUGCCAUCACACCUAUCAAUUACAAUCUAGCAAGCGUCAACUUAUUUCUGUGUGGAACGGCGCUUUUUCAGUUAGCUAGACUAGGCUAUUACGAGUUUAUGCAAAGAACAAGAAUUCGCUUAGAAGAAGAAGCUAAAAGAAAGAACGAACAGAAAUUGCAGAAACGUUUUCUGAAAAAAGAUGAGAAGAAAUUGUCAGAAGAGCCAGAAGAAGUAACAGAACGAACCGUGAAGUCCGAAAAUAGAUAUGAUUUAUUGGAAAAUCUUUCAUUUGGACGGAUGUCUUUUAAAGGUUUCAAUCCCGAAGUUGAGAAGCUUAUGAAAUAUUAUAAGGAUAUAAAAGACGGCAACGUGCUUAACGAAGUAGACUUUGAUAAUGGACAGGAUGUCACGGAUUAUGAAUUAGCAACAUCAGUAUUUGGCGCAAAAACAAAAAGAGACGGAAAAUGUCAGAAGAUGCAUGAGAUGGAUGAAAGGAAUUUAGUUGAUGAAAUUAACGAACAACCAGCAAAGAAACGGCGAAACGAUGGGCGUCAACUCCUAUCAGGAAUCCAAAAAAAGCAACAUUUGUGA